UGUGACAACAGCACCAGACAACGAAGACAAACUUCUUUUCUCCAACAGGACCAGCAUAUCGCUGUGAUUUACAGGUACUUUCAUCCGAGAACCCGUUGCCUCGAAGAAGCACACUCUGAGUUGCUGUUAAAAUGCCGAAGAAUAAGGGAAAGGGUGGUAAAAACCGACGUCGUGGAAAGAACGAGAACGACAAUGAAAAGCGAGAGUUGACCUUCAAGGAAGAAGGCCAGGAAUACGCCCAGGUGGUUAAGAUGUUGGGCAACGGGCGCCUGGAGGCUCUUUGCUUCGACGGCGAGAAACGACUGGCACAUAUCCGUGGCAAACUCCGCAAGAAGGUCUGGAUCAACCAGGGUGAUAUCAUCCUUCUGUCCCUGCGAGAUUACCAGGACGAGAAGGGAGAUGUCAUCCUCAAGUACAGCGCCGACGAGGCCAGAAGCUUGAAGGCCUAUGGAGAGUUGCCAGAGAGCGCGAAGAUCAACGAGACUGAUACAUACGGCCAUGAGGGUCUUGAUGACAAUGUCGAAUUCGAUGAAGACCGCGAGAGCGCCGACGAGAAGGACAUCGACAUCGACGAGAUCUGAGCGAUCUCACCCUUUAAUUUCCGAUACCGGUGGGGUCAUAUUCUUACCUGCGCGUAUCUGGCUACUUAUGUCGCCGAAAAAGCAGACGAUUCCCCUGCCUGUCAUACUACGGGUUGUCGUUGCAUGAUGGAAAAAGAAAAUAAGUGUUACCCAUUCCCAUCACCAAAAAAAAAGUCAAGCGGCGAAUUUAGACAGCCCUUGCGCCAGGGCUGGGAGUCGGACAAUUUUUCGCGAAAAAAAUGGCUACCAUGUAAAUAUGAGCUCAGCCGGCUAUUGCCCCCUUUCUCACCACUCGAUUCGUCCCUCGCCAUGCCUCGCUCCCUACUCGCAUUUGCGGUGUCUCAUGCCCGAAAGCUUCGCAGGUACUACGUCAUCCCAGAAUGACUGAUCUAAAGUCCUCCUGCUCCAUUCCGCCGAUUUCAUGUCCGUUUCAUAUAUUCUUUUAACGCUACUUAUGAUGAGUUUCGUUUGAUGGCCUUAUUUCUGGUUUGCUCCUUCCCUUUGGUUUGCUUGUCAUGAUGUGGUGUUAUGCUUUUCUUAAGUUGCUAGAAUGAAGCAUAGAUAAUGUGAGCACUGAAAUCGAAUGGAGCGAAGAUCACGUAAAAGCAGCAUGUUUCAUAUAUCAUUUUCCUCGUGAGUUGCCUUUAACAACACUUGUUUGCAAUGUUCUUUGGGGGUAUUUGCGGGUAUACUUCACAGCUUCUCCCCUGGCUCGUCAUCAAAAACACUUCGCCGAAAGAAUUUGACAAUCAUCUUGGCCUCUUGUAAGCCAACUAUCUCUUUCAGCUCCUCCACCUCCAUAUUAGCAAUUUCGUGGAUAUUACUCGUUCUUAGCAUCAAACCCUCCACUCCAUGAGGUGUUAACCCAGGCACCGUUCCCAGCAUGUCUUGUGGUAAUUGAUUGAACAUUCGAUACUCGACCCCGGCUGCAGCCAUCAGUGCUUUGGGUCCUGAGGCGGAUGGAUCGCCGGAAAUAUCAAAAUCCAACCCGAUUUGGACCGCUCGAAUGGGAUCUGGCUCCGGAUCGUUCUUUUUCAGCUCAGUGAAUAUCUCCGCGGUCUGAUGAGGGGAGGAGGACCAAAUCACUUUCAAGCGGGGAAAGGCAAGAGUAAGGAGAACGAGGAGAUGUUGAGUGGAUCUUGGGUUGGUGGGGUUGAUAAUGUUUCCAGAUGAGAAAGAGGGCGCGGAGAACGAGGUGGGAUUGUCAGCAACGAAAGCACUGGGCGCUGUUGAUGACGUAAAAGCAUCAAAUGUGAAUGACUUGUUUUGAUCGAAUUCAAUUAGGAGUACGGGGGUUUUGUAGUACUGAAGCAUAGUUUCAGCUUGGUUGUAUAGUCGGCCGGUUUUCAACGAGCUAAUCAAGUCGCGAAUAGAUUUUCGUUCAACGCAGAUGUCUGGACUGAGGAUGUAGUCGCCGACGGUCAACUGGCAGGGAACUAAGACCAUGCUAUGGCCAUGAAGCAGUGAUGCGAGCGGGCUCCUGAAUUCUCGAACAUCAACGACAACCGUCG